UCAUUUUUCCACUGCGAAGAGGAUCCAAAUCCAUUCUGAAGUAAUUUGUAACCGGUUCGAACCAACCAUUUACACAUAACACACGACCACUUAUUGUUCAGAAUCAAAUCAUCGAUCUAUCGGACUGUCAUGAACCCUAAGUUCACCGUCUCAAUCAUCUAACUAUAAUCCUCUUCAGUAUCGAAUCUCCUUGCAAGGCUGCUCGUUCUCAUCCAAUUGGUCACGGUGGCUGGUGGCUUAGCUUUCUGGAAGUGAGUAUUCAUGAGUAUAUGGACAAGAUGGGAUCAAUACCAUAGCUGAAAACAGGGCAGAUCUUGUUGCUUAUGGUCGUUUGGUCUUUGGCUAAUCCAGAUUUGCCAAAGAGAUUUGCGCUUGAUGCCCCUCUCAACAAGUAUAACCGGGAGACAUUCUACAUUCCUGAUCCAGUUAUUGGUUACACUGACUACCCAUUUCUUGAAUGAAGAACCUAAUGCUGUAGCAUCCAAGGCCACCUUACUGUUUACCAGAUGAAGGACCAUACGGGUUCGGUGGAGUGUGCAAAGAUUAUUCAUCAGUAAUAUACUUUGGAAAUCAUGCUCUUGUGUGUUCUCAAUUCUGACUUUGAGAGAACUCAGCUUCUGCAGGAAGAAGCUCAAUUACUUGCCAAACAGGCUUGAGGAAAUAUACAAGAGGUUGACUUCAUUGAUGUUGAUUCUGCAGAGUCGCGGGCAGCAUCUAUACUUGCAGUGAGUUCAUUAAUGAUAUGCAUCAUAAUUUAUUAGUGUCAUUAAUUGGAAAUUCUUCUUAUCUCAUUAUCCAUUUGGAGCUUGUUGAAUUCUGAUAUAUAACUUAUUUUUAUGAUAAUUUGUCUUUCACUUUGCCUUAUUUAUUGGAUAAAUGCCAUCAAUACAGCACUCAGAAAUAGCAACUUAUUAAAUAUUAGAAUGCCAAAGAUUUACCUUAAAACGUAUUCCAUUGAAUGAUAAUUUGAGAAAUAUGUAUGGUGUAUAAUCUUAAUGCUAUUAACUUCAAUUUUCUUCUAUGGACGAGUGAUUCUGAUUUAUACCUUUAAAUUGCAUCUAGGCAUCUUGCAAGUAAGUAGAACUGUAGAAUGGCUGUGUGUUGACAUCAAUAGGUUUUUCUUUAACAUUUCAUUUUUUUAUCUCUUCUGAAAAAUCUAAAAAGUACCAGAGAUAUUUUCAAGCUUGAACAUCUUCCAGAUCAGGUGCCAUGUUGUAUACCCUGGUUGUGUUGACAAAUUUCUCCGGAUGCAGUUCCACUCCUUGAGUGCAAGUGCUGGUGAAAAACCUUGCAAGCAACCAUAUUUGAUUUCUUGCAAAGAUUCUUUUACCAUUUUGACUGGAAAAUUGAGUGCAGCUUUAUGGCCUCUCAUGGAAAAUGCAGUUUGGUCAUAAGCUAAAGCAGCAGACUCUGCACUAUCAAAGGACUGAUUAUUUGACAAGAAGUUGAUUUUGCUUACAGCAAUAGAUCCUCAAUGCAACAAGCUUCAUCUUCCACUUCUGCUGAGCCGUAACAUUGGGGGAUUCAUCAGUGACACUUGAACGUUAUUGUUGUCAUCUCUUGAAUGCUAUUGAAGCGCAUUAAACAUAUUCCCAUAGAGGUAUGGAUGUUCUUUAUUCAGAACCAUCUUCAUUUAGUGAAAUGCAUACUUCAAAAAGUGAAUAUGAUGAUGAACAAAUUGUGUCACCAAUAAUUGUGACUAAAGAACAAGAUGGAUAUGAGCCAAAAAUUGGAAUGAUGUUUUCAUCUGAAGACGAAGCUUAUGAGUUCUAUAAUGAAUAUGCUAAAUUGACUGGAUUUUCUGUGAGAAAAUCACAAUAUCGAAGAUUAGCAAAUGGAACCAUAAGUCAAAGAACAUUUGUUUGUGGAAGGGAAGGAUAUAGAAGGUUGAAGGACCCUUUACAUGUGAACAAGGUAAAUAGGAGAGAAACAAGAACGGGUUGUCCAGCAAUGAUAUGCUUUAAAAUUGAGAAGGAUACUUGGAUAAUUUCUAAAUUUAUUCCAGAUCAUAAUCACGAUCUUGUAAAAUCAUGUGCACGAGCUAUGUUGAGAUCCCAAAGGCAUGUAGUUGAAGCACAUACUCAUAUGAUUCAAAAUAUGGACAAUGCUGGUAUAAAGCCAUGCGGUAUGUAUUCUUAUUUUGUUGAGGUUGCUAGAGGAGCCCAAAAUGCUGGAUUUUUAAAACAUGAUUGUGACAAUUUUCUACAAGGCAAAAGAAACAACACUCUCGAAGCAGGAGAUGCUCAAAGUGUUAUUAAUCAUUUCAAAAGUUCACAAGCAAAUGAUCCUUCUUUCUUCUAUACAAUACAAGUAGAUUGUGAAAAUCGCAUGACUAAUUUUUUCUGGAGAGAUGGCAUAUCAAGGACAGAUUAUAGUCACUUUGGAGAUGUAGUCAUUUUUGACAUAACCUACCGAACAAACAAGUAUAAUAUGGCUUGUGCACCAUUCAUUGGGGUAAAUCAUCAUAAACAAAGUGUUUUGUUUGGUUGUGCUUUCUUGUUAGAUGAGACUACAGAAUCAUUUGUUUGGCUAUUUGAAUCAUUUUUGGAAGCAAUGGGCGGGCUGCAUCCUAAAACAAUUUUUUCUGAUCAGUGUCAAGCAGUGGCCAAUGCUAUUAAAAGAGUUUUUCCUGAAUCUCAACAUCGACUCUGCUUGUGGCAUAUUAGCCAAAAUGCUAAAGAACAACUUUCAUAUUAUCUGAGACAACCCGACUUUAAGGUUCUAUUUAAUAGGUGUUUAUACAAUUGUGGAUCAGAGCAAGAGUUUGAAGAAGUGUGGGCCUGUUUGCUCACAAAAGUUGAUAUUUCAAAAUGCUCAUGGUUGAAGAAAUUUUAUGAAUUACGAGCAAAUUGGUGCCCAGCAUUUAGUAAGAAUUAUUUCUCAGCUGAUAUCUUAUCAACACAAAGAAGUGAGAGUAUGAAUAAUAUUUUUCGUACUGUUACCUGCAAGACAACGUCUCUUACCCAAUUUGUGCUUCGUUAUGAAAAAGUUUUGGAGCGCUGGCGUUGGUCAGAAUUGCAAAAAGACUUCGAGUGCAAUCAAUCUGCACCUCCUAGAAUAAAAAAUCUUGCGGGUAUAGCUGAACAAGGUGCUCGGGUAUAUACUCAUGUUAUUUUUGAAGAUUUCUAUGAAGAACUGUUUGAAUCUUUAGCUCUGGCAAUUGAAAAAAUCAAUGAAAAUGGUACUUUCUUCAGUUAUAAAUUGGUGAAGUCUGGUGAUGACAAACAAUAUUUUGUGACAUUUGAAUCUGCAAAUUGCUUAGUUGAUUGUUCUUGUAAGAAGUUUGAAUCAGUUGGCCUUUUAUGUCUUCAUGCAUUAAAAGUGCUUAACUUUCACAAUAUUUUUCACAUACCUUCUCAAUAUAUCUUGAAGAGGUGGAGAAAAGAUGCUAAAGAUGGUUUUAGUCCAAGUGAUAAUGAUAAACAAGCUUGUGAGUUUUUAGCACAAAAAAUUAAUCUGCGAAUGAGUCAAAUAAUGAGGAAAGCCAUUUAUUUUGCAACCAAAGGUGCAUUGACAAAUGAAGCAACCAAAAUGGCUGAAGAUCACCUAGAGCAUGGGAUAAAAAGCUUGGAGAGGAUGUUCAAAAACACUAAUUUGAUUGAUACAUUAACUAGCAAACCCACUGAAGUUGAUGAUAUGAAUAUUGAUGAAGAGCUUAGUAAAUUCAAUUCUAAAAAAGUGUUAGAUCCGCAACGUGUUCGAGCAAAGGGAGUUACAAAUGCUAGACUGAAAAGUCUAUUGGAGAAGAAAAGGUGCAAAAAAAAUAUAUCACAAGCUCAUAGUAACUCUCAGGGUGCUAAUGCAUCACUUCCCGAGUGUAAUCAUGCAGAUAAAGGCAUAGCUUCAAGUUCAAAAGACACAGAUUUUAGUACUUUUGCUACACCUCAAUUGGCUUUUUGUUUUCCAUAUCUCUCUCAAGUGGCAAGUGCUAAUACACCUCCAUCAAGUUUUUGUUUUCCACAUAUCUCUCAAGUUUCAUGUACAGAGCAAUCUUCUGCAAAUGGGCCAGACAAACCAUGAUUCAUGCUUUUGACAGAUUGGAAGAUAGAAGUUCGACUUUGUGCAUAGUUCUGCUACUGUCUUUGAAAUGUUUAAGAUAUAGUUCUGCUAUUGUCUUUGUAAAGUUUAAGACAGUUAAGCAGAACUUGUAAAUUUCUACUUUCUUUUAAUUAUAGUAAAAUAGAGACUCUGUUUCUUGACUGUGUUAUGAUGUGGAUGUUUCAACGA